GAGUGAUAACCGGUGCCCGGUCAUAAUGGCACCAUUCUUGCAACAGACGUCGAGACGGAAGCACCGCCGUCCCCCGCCUUGACCAGUACCAGUCUACUGCAUGGCACUCUGAGGAACGGUGCCAUUAGGAUCUUGACCGAGUAGCCUCCGCUCGCCUCUGCCGCCAGCCCGCCUGCUUGGAGCUCUUGAAUAUUUCAGAAGAGCGAUCAAUAAUUUUUGAAAUAGGGGUCUCUAAGCGACUCUUUUUAUCUGUGAGAAUUUGUUUAACUUUUUACUUUCGAAGGAAAAGCGCAAGAAGAACUUACGAGUGAAUGUUUCCGAUUAAGAACUGUGAACUUGAUUACUGAUGAACAUUUUGCGACGGUGAGAAAUAGCUGUUGUUGAAUACACUGUAGAACAAAUAUUAAUUUUCCUAAGAGGAAGUGAUCACUAACAAGAAGAAAGUUCGAACAAAUUCCGUUGAUCAGGCCUCAGUCUACAUCAGGUGAACACAGCUGACAUCAUGAAGAAGUGCUGUUGGUGUUGCAUCAGCCUCCAGAAGGGAGUGGUGGCCAUUGGCGUGCUCAGCGUGAUCGCCUCCACGCUCCUGACAGUGGGCUACGGCGCCGUCUCGGCCACCCUGGAGGAGCACGUCGCGGCCUGCAGGAGCGGAGAGCCAAAGGACCUGCUGGGACUCCUGCCGACGUGCGAGGCCCUCGGGGACGCCGGCACGCUCUUGGCCGCCCGGAUCUUCGUGUACGUGCAGGUGGCCGUGUGGCUGCUCUUCCUCGUUUUCUCUGUGCUGCUCAUCGUCGGCGCGGUCAAGGAGCGGAGCGGCCUGCUGGUGCCCUGGCUGGUGCUGUCCGUGGUGGUGAUGGCGGCCGUGGUGUGGGCGGGCGUGCGGGCGGCCCUGCACCACCACACCUUCGACCUCCUUGCCUCGGUCCUCGCCCUCGCCGUCUGCGCCUACUUCUGCCUCGUCGUCCGCUCGUACUCGAAGCUCGUCAAGAAGCAGGGUCUCGUGCCGGUGCUCGUGCCUUCCACCUUCCACGCCCACCUGCGCCGCCCGUGCGAGUGCUGCUGCGAGGACGAGGUGCUGUCGACGCCCACAGUCGGCUCCCGCGCCCAGUCCCACAGCCAGAGCCGCCUCGCAGGGUCUCCGCAGGGGCGUGACCAACCCCCUGCCUACUCCCCGCGCCCGCCAACGCCCACGAAGAAGGGUCCGCCGCCCACGGGGCUCGGAUUCAAAAUCUGAAGGGCGGACGGGGAGGUGUGGGAAUACCUUGCAGAUGUGCGUUGCACUGGAUCGACUUUUUGUGAUUUGAUGAGAAGCUGUAGUCGGUUAUUAUUAUCAUCAUAGUUAUUAUCAUUAUUUUGCAAGUACGACGUACACCAAUCUUUCUUCUUUUUAUUGCUAUUCCUCAUGCCAGGAACACAGAUAUUUAGCCAAAUUUAUAUUUUGUUUUUCUUCUUCGUAUGAUAAUUAUCCGUUUUUUCUGUUCAUCGUUGCAAUUUCUUUUAUUCUUUUACGUGUAAAUUACAAAUAUAUAUUUGUAAAAUCAUGUUUGGGUUUUAAAUGAUGUAUAACAGGUUCAAUUUGUUUUCAGUUAUUUAUUAUUACAAUAUAUUUUCCUCUCCAAGUAUAUUUUCUUUUCGAAGUAUGCACAUAUAUUUUUCUGUCUUUAAUAUGUUUAUUUUCCUCUUCAAAUGUCACAACGAUCUCGUUCAUCACUAACUUUCCUAAGUUGCAUGGGUCAAAGUUCCUCUGGUUUUAAGCACGUUUUAGCCUUUGUCUGGAUCAGACAUUCCUUCUGGAAGUCUAAAGUACAAGAGGGUAUACAGAGAGUCGCAAGCAUACAAACACAUGUAAACAUAUAUUAACACACACACACGCACACACACACACACACACACACACACACACACACACACACACACAUACACACACACACACACACACACACACACACACACACACACACAAACACACAACAUUCCGGCCCUGACAGAAGUCUAGCUUAAUGUAUUAAAACAUAAAAAGUUGAGUGGUUUAUGUUUAAUUCUUUUUUAUUCAGCUAAUAUAUGACAAUGAACACUGAAUUUGAAACAAGCUUAAUGGAGUGUAGGUAAAUAUAUAUGUAGACGGUUGUGAAGGUCACCGCAGUCCGUUUUCUAUAAUACAAACGGUUUGUUAACUUCGGUGAGAAAGGAAACGGUUACUGUAUCUAAGUAUAGUUUUUUAAUUGCUUUGUAACAUUAUUCGCUUCAAAGGUGAGAAGGCAAUAUUUUUGUUGCUGCUUAGGUGCCUGUAACACGAUCAUUCUCAUACCAAUACCCUUUUUAUUUUUUUUGUUCUUGUUAUUUUUUAAAUGCUUCCGCCAUUUUCGUAUAGUAACCCUGUUAAUGAAAUGUAUAUAUUGUUAAAUAAACUAACAAAAAUAUUA